UUGGAGAGGUUUCAGGUUGUUGGCACCAAAACAGCAACACCCCCUUCCCCCUUUUCCCAGCCAGCAAGACCAGGACGAAGUCACAAAGGGCACGUUCUAGAAAUUAAACCCCCCCCCCCCCCUUGAACGUCAGGGAGAGAAAAAUAAUAAUCAUAAUCAUCAUUGCAGUAUCUACUACCCAGGGAGAUUUUGUAGGGGUAAAAACACAUGGCUGCGGCAGGAUCAAGCGGCGGCGAGGAAGUUUUGCAAAACUCUGCAAGAAGAGAGCGGAAGCGAAGAAGCGGCAGAAGAUCCAGAGAUCAGGAUCCAGAUGUCCGUCUGUCCAAAGCGCUCUCGUAUGCUUUGCGCCACGGGGCAGAGAUCCUCAGCCUCCACAUGUCCUCUGAUGGCUUUGUCGACCUGGGGGAGAUUCUUCGCUUGCCCCAAUUUAAGGCCUGGUCCGAGGAGGACGUGAAACGCGUCGUGGAGACGAACGAAAAACAGCGUUUUGCUCUGUGCCGACAUCCAUCCAGUGGACACCUCCAGAUCCGUGCGAACCAAGGGCACUCGAUACAGGUUCCCGAACUGGAAUUAACUCCGCUGCAGGACCUGCAAGAUUUCCCAGAGACCGUGGCUCACGGCACACUUCUGCGCCACUGGCCAGCCAUUCGUCAGCGUGGCCUGUCUCGCAUGGGGAGGACACACAUCCAUUUAGCCCCCGGAUUGCCAGGGGACGGGGACGUCCUAAGUGGGAUGAGAAACAGUUCUGAAGUGGCCAUAAUCCUUGAUAUUCCCAAGGCGCUGGCAGAUGGGAUCCCUUUCUUCCGCUCGGCUAACGGAGUCAUCCUGAGCCCAGGCAACGCAGACGGGCUGCUGCUUCCCCGAUACUUCAGCAGAGCACUGCAGCUUCGACCUCGUCGCGUCCUUCUGCCUCUUGAGUGACCGUUCCCGACAGGGAUCUCUUCCCUUCCUUCCUUUCGUCCCAGAGACACCCAUGGAUCACAUACGUGUGUCUCUUUGAACACGUCACUAAACCAGGAACCUCACUAUUCGAAUUAAAACAGGUGUCAACUUUCUCUUUUUCUCCUCCCCGUGGGAAAUAUAUCUCCAGUCCCAUUCAGGUAGCCUUCGACCUUGGACCCUAACGGAGCCUAAAAUUCCUGUGGCUAAGCGAGGCGGUUAAGUGAGUUUUUCCCCAUUUUACGACCUUCCUUGCUACAGUUGCACAGUGAAUCAUGACAACCUCGCGUUGACGACCAUCACAACGCACACGACCCCCCCCUGGGCACGUGAUCUCAAUUGGGCGCUUUGGCCACCGGCUUGCAUUUGCAAACAGUUGAUGUGUGUCCUACAAUCCCACGGCCACAAUACGUGGCCCUUUUAUAAUAACAGUUUUCGGAAAAAAAAAUAAAAAUGGAACAAUCGGUCCGCACUUUUGAUGAUGGAAUUUGCUUAUUGGCCACCAUAAAAACAGCCCUAAAAAUUCAGGUCUGGCUUGGCUUCCAACUGCAACGACUGAGGGUGGAAAUUUUGGUCUCAAUUGUGGUCGUAAAUCGAGGACUACCUGUAAAUGGGGGGAAGUGGGUACAUGAAACUGCCUCCUCCCAAUCUAGACAAACCCUGAGAAAGAAUAUUCACGUUGGGAAGGAAGCAUUUUUGUGAAAAAUCCUCUUUAUAGCCUCUCGAAGACGGUUAACACAAAAGCACUCAACACAAUCCACAUACAC